AUAAUGUAUUUGUGGCCUUGGACAUGAAGUAAUCAGUCCUCUGUUGCUGUAAACAUAGGGUGGGGACUGAUGAGGGAAGCAUGGACCUAAUGAACGGACAGGCAAGCAGUGUUAAUAUCGCAGCUACUGCUUCUGAGAAGAGUAGCAGCUCUGAAUCAUUAAGUGACAAAGGCUCUGAAUUGAAGAAAAGCUUUGAUGCUGUGGUAUUUGAUGUUCUUAAGGUUACACCAGAGGAAUAUGCGGGUCAGAUAACGCUAAUGGAUGUCCCAGUAUUUAAAGCUAUUCAACCAGAUGAGCUUUCAAGUUGUGGAUGGAAUAAGAAGGAAAAAUAUAGUUCUGCACCAAAUGCAGUUGCCUUCACAAGAAGAUUUAAUCACGUAAGCUUUUGGGUUGUAAGAGAGAUUCUUCAUGCUCAAACAUUAAAAAUUAGAGCAGAAGUUUUAAGCCACUAUAUUAAAACUGCUAAGAAACUAUAUGAGCUGAAUAACCUUCAUGCCCUCAUGGCAGUGGUUUCUGGCUUACAGAGUGCCCCAAUUUUCAGGUUGACGAAAACAUGGGCGUUAUUAAGUUGAAAAGACAAAACUACCUUUGAAAAAUUAGAAUAUGUAAUGAGUAAAGAAGAUAACUACAAAAGACUCAGAGACUAUAUAAGUAGCUUAAAGAUGACACCUUGCAUUCCCUAUUUAGGUAUCUAUUUGUCAGAUUUAACAUACAUCAAUUCGGCAUACCCAUCAACUGGCAGCAUUCUAGAAAAUGAGCAAAGAUCAAAUUUAAUGAAUAACAUCCUUCGAAUAAUUUCUGAUUUACAGCAAUCCUGUGAAUAUGAUAUUCCCAUGUUGCCUCAUGUUCAAAAAUACCUGAACUCUGUUCAAUAUAUAGAGGAACUACAAAAAUUUGUGGAAGAUGAUAAUUACAAGCUCUCAUUGAAGAUAGAACCAGGUACAAGCACACCACGUUCUGCUGCUUCCAGGGAAGACUUAGUAGAUCCUGAAGUAGGAGCAUCACCCCAGAGUGGAAGAAAAAGUGUAGCUGCUGAGGGAGCCUUGCUGCCAAAGACACCCCCCUCCCCCCGGAAUCUGAUUCCACAUGGACACAGGAAGUGCCACAGCUUGGGUUAUAAUUUUAUCCAUAAAAUGAACACAGCAGAAUUUAAGAGUGCAACGUUCCCAAAUGCAGGGCCAAGACAUCUGUUAGAUGAUAGUGUCAUGGAGCCACAUGCACCAUCUCGAGGCCAAGCUGAAAGUUCUACUCUUUCUAGUGGAAUAUCAAUAGGUAGUAGUGAUGGUUCUGAACUAAGUGAAGAGACCUCAUGGCCUGCUUUUGAAAGUUCUGCAGAGUCAGAAGAUUUGGCAGUACAUUUGUAUCCAGGAGCUGUUACUAUUCAAGGUGUUCUCAGGAGAAAAACUUUGUUAAAAGAAGGCAAAAAGCCUACAGUAGCAUCUUGGACAAAAUACUGGGCGGCCUUGUGUGGAACACAACUUUUUUACUAUGCUGCCAAAUCUCUGAAGGCUACAGAAAGAAAACAUUUCAAAUCAACAUCAAAUAAGACCGUCUCUGUGGUGGGAUGGAUGGUGAUGAUGGCUGAUGACCCAGAACAUCCAGACUUCUUCCUGCUGACAGACUCUGAGAAAGGGAAUUCAUACAAGUUUCAAGCUGGCAGUAGAAUGAAUGCAAUGCUGUGGUUUAAGCAUCUGAGUGCAGCCUGCCAAAGUAACAAACAACAGGUUCCUACAAACUUGAUGACUUUUGAGUAAAAGCCUGAAGAGGAAGAAGUGGAGCUCUGCUCCUGGGUAAGAGCUGGGGCCUGACGGAAAAU